UGCUGCCCCCGCACCAUGGCCGGGCUCCUGCCGUUGCUGCUGCUCCUGCUCCCGGCGGGACCCACCUGGAGCUCCAAGGACAAGUGCUUCACCAAGAUGUACACCACCAGCGGGGAGUGCUGCAAAGCUUGCAACCUGGGAGAGGGGGUGGUGCAGCCUUGUGGGGUCAACCAGACUGUCUGUGAGCCCUGCCUGGACAGUGUCACCUACUCAGACACAGUGAGUGCCACGGAGCCCUGCAAACCCUGCACCCAGUGCCUGGGGCUGCAGAGUAUGUCUGCUCCCUGCGUUGAGUCGGACGACGCCGUCUGCCGCUGCGCCUACGGUUACUACCAGGAGGAACCCAGCGGGAGCUGCAAGGAGUGCCAGGUGUGCCAGGUGGGCUUUGGGCUCAUGUUCCCCUGCCAGGACUCACAGGACACAGUUUGUGAGGAGUGCCCCGAGGGCACCUUCUCCAGCGAAGCCAACUUUGUGGAUCCCUGCCUGCCCUGCACCACCUGCGAGGAGAAUGAGGUGCUGGUGAAGGAGUGCACAGCUGUCUCGGAUGCUGAGUGCAGAGACCUCCACCCUCGCUGGACCACAUACACCCCAUCUCUGGUGGGUUCUGACAGCCCCGAGCCCAUCACCAGGGACCCCUUCAACACCGAGGUGAUGCCCAGCACCCUGGCUGACACCAUCACCACCAUCAUGGGCAGCUCCCAGCCUGUCAUCAGCCGUGGCACAGCUGACAACCUCAUCCCUGUCUACUGCUCCAUCCUGGCAGCCGUGGUGGUGGGGUUGGUGGCCUACAUUGCCUUCAAAAGGUGGAACAACUGCAAACAGAACAAGCAAGGGGCCAACAACCGCCCGGUCAACCAAACACCUUCACCAGAGGGGGAGAAGCUGCACAGUGACAGUGGCAUCUCAGUGGACAGCCAGAGCCUGCACGACCAGCAGCCACCCAACCAGAGCACCCAAGGACCAGCACCUAAAGGAGAUGGGAACCUCUACACCAACCUGCCACCUAGCAAGCAGGAGGAGGUGGAGAAGCUGCUGAACAGCUCGGCUGAGGAGACGUGGAGACAGCUGGCAGGGGAGCUGGGCUACAAAGAGGAUCUCAUAGACUCCUUCACACGGGAGGAAUCACCUGCCCGGGCUCUGCUGGCUGACUGGUCCUCCAAGGACACGGCCACCCUGGAGGUCCUUCUGACUGCCCUGCGCAAGAUCCAACGUGGGGACAUCGCUGAGAGUUUGGACAGCGAAUCCACCGCCACCUCCCCCGUCUGA